CCCUCACUCCAAUUGUAUUGAAAAUUAUAUACCCCUUCAACCUGUUUGAUGACGGGGGAUAACUAAAAUUCAACCAAGUUAAAUUAAAACAUAGUUCUAAUUGACAAACCUUAGCUCAGGUUAUAAACUGAACCCUUAACUAUAAACAAUUUUAAAUAAAAUUUGCGAGAGUUGAUUAUUUCUGGCUCCUAACCAUAUGCUCGUAAUUGAUAAAGGAUUUCCAAGUAUCCUCUUCCUUCCUAGCUCCCAACCAACUCAAGAGGUCUAACCCGCAAAAUUGAAUAUAAGUAAAAAAGAAAAAAAAUUUACCCGUGAGAGGCCCCGGCCUAGCAAAGCUAAUUAGUUAGUGUGAAGAGGAGAAUUGUUUAUUCUGAAAAUAGUAAGCACAAUGAAAAUAACUAAAAGGAAUAAAUGAAGAUAAGGUGAGUCUGUCAUCAACCACACAGACAUAGACACAGACCCCAUCACACUCCUCUAAACCAACUGCUAUUUUCCCUUCCUUGUUCAAUCUUCAUCAUCAUCAUCAUCCUCUAUUCCUCUAACUUUAACAAUGGCGUCUUUGCAACAAUCUAUUUUACCCUCUAUUUCUCAAGCAUUUCUUCCUUCUAACUCUUCUCAGGUAAAUUUUGUGUCAUCUGGGAAAAGGGUUUCUGUUUUAGUGAAGGCUGAACGAGUUUCAUCUGCUGCAACUGCUUCAUGUUCAUCAAUAUCUUUCCUAGAUGGUGUAGCAAGGAGGAAAUUGCUAGCCCUUGGUGCUAGUAUACCUGGAAUUUUGCUGUUCGCGGACACCCCUAUCUCCUUUGCUGCAGAAUCUAAAAAGGGUUUCCUCCCAGUCACCGAUAAGAAGGAUGGCUAUACAUUUCUGUAUCCAUUUGGAUGGCAGGAAGUUUCAAUUGAGGGUGAAGACAAGGUCUUCAAAGAUGUUAUUGAACCAUUAGAGAGUGUGAGUGUGAAUCUGGUUCCAACUAGCAAAGAGGAUGUAAAAGAGUUUGGACCUCCAGAUAAGGUAGCUGAAACUUUAAUUAAGAAGGUCCUAGCCCCUACUAACCAGAAAACUAAGCUAGUUCAAGCGAAAGAGCAAGAUGUUGAAGGCAAAACGUAUUACACAUUUGAGUUCACUGCCCAAGCGCCAAAUUAUACCCGCCAUGCUCUAAGUGUAAUCUGCAUUAACAAGGGUAAGUUCUACACCUUGACAACAGGAGCAAAUGAAAGGAGAUGGGACAAAAUGAAAGACAGAUUAUACACCGUUGUUGAUUCUUUCAGAGUCUUCAAUGCUUGAUUUUAUGGUAAACUAGACAUCUCAUAUUGACACCCUACACUCUUUCUGCGUGAGUUGCACAAAUUUUAACUUUAUUCGAAGUUAAUAGCUCCAAAAACUUGAAUGUUGGAGAAUACUCAUUUUAUGUAUAUUAGACCCAAUUUUUUCAAAAUUAAUGUGUAAAAGUCUUCUGAUUAAUGAAAUUUUAUCCCAC